GUGCCGGGCAGCUACUGCAGUUUUCGCCGGCAGCAACUGAGGGAGAGGUGCGGGAAUAUCAUCUUCCGCUAGCCUCGUCACUCGGGCGGUUUCUUCAUUCCGGCUCUUCCCCGCCAUGACAACCACAACCACAUUUAAGGGGAUGGACCCCAGCGGACGUAGCAGCUCUAGGGUUCUUCGUCCGCCAGGUGGUGGUUCCAAUUUCAACCUUGGAUUUGAUUUGCCAAAAGAACAGCAAGGAGGAAGAAGGAGCAAGAUGGCAUCCAGUAUCUUUGGGACCCCAGAAGAGAAUCCACCCUCCUGGGCUAGAUCAACAGCCAAGUCCAGUGAUAUCAGUGAAAAUCCUGAAGAACUUGGCUCAGAUAGGAUAAAUUCUUCUGAUGCAAAUUCUGGUGAUUGUGUAGAUCCAAAGAGCGGGGAAGGCGAGGCUCCUGAAAACACAGAAGUUGAAAUAGAAGCUGCUUCAGGCCUGAGUGAAGAAAAGCCCCUGCCGGCUGCACCAGUGCCUAGCCCAGUAGCCUCAGCACCAGCACCAUCUAGGAGAAAUCCACCUGGCGGAAAAUCCAGCCUAGUCCUCGGUUAAAAAUCAUCCUCCUUUGCUCCUUCUUAUUACUUGGAACUCAUGUCUGUCGUUCUUUCUUUUUUUCUUCCAUGCUUGUGAACUGCACAACUUGAGCCUGACUGUACUUCUCAAGCUAUCAUUAAAGAAGCACUUUAUGUACUUCAUCUUUUUUAUUAUUAUUAUUUUAAAGGAAGGUGUUUUUUUUUUCUUUCCCAACUUCUGUAUUGUCUCCCUUGGGUCUAAUGGAAGUAGCAUGUGUGAUUCCUCCCCCCCCCCCCCCGCGNGUAGAUGUAGAGCAGUGGUACUUAUUAUGCAGCCUGUGGCUGACCGAAUGGUUUCUAAGGUCUCUUAUAGUGGUGUGUUUUAUCAACUAGGCUGGUUGGUUCUAAGUGUGCUAGGUGGCAUUUUUGUCUUGAAACACAUAGAAACCCCUCAGUUGGCUUAGGAGGACUGAAAGUUGGGGGUGUACAUAUCAGAAGGUGGGUAACAAAUGUUCUUUUUCCUCUUUCUCCCUUACCCAUUUCUGCAACACAUGCUGGUUGGUUAUCCAAGGUAUUGUUCAAUAACUGGCAAAUGUCUGAAGCCCUGUUGUGCAUUACAGAACAGUAGAGUUGUGGUGCUAGUAAUCAACCAUGCUGUCUUAAGAAGACUCUUGAUUCAGCCAUGAGAAGAUGGGGGCAGUGCCAGUUAUGACUGGUGACAUGAGCCUGCUGUUCUGUUCCUUGAGUAUCGGUCCCCUUUAAGCGAUGGUGGAAUGGACCACAUGGAAGUUAGCUUUGGGUGGAGACAAAUCUCAGAAGGGACAUUCUAGUCCAAAUGACUCCAGUGCUAUGCAUGAUCAUGCUAGUGCUUGACCAUGAGGUGAGAAUCUCAUCCUUCUAAUUGUGUGUUGUAUCUUGAUAAAGCUGGAUUGUUGCUUAAAAAUAAAGGAUAUAGAAAUUUUGAA